AUGUCGUCGGAGAUCCGGCGCUUCCCAGAAUUCGCCACCGUCAACGGGAUAACAGCUGAUACUAUUUCUCCACAGAGAGAGAGAGAGAGAGUGAAAUCCGUUUUCGUCAACCUGGCCAAGAUACCCCUGCUCUUCCUCCUCCUCUUCGUGUUCGUGUGCUCGCUCGAUGUCCUGAGUUCCGCCUUCCAGUUGGCUGGGGGGAAGGUGGCAGGAGACAUCUUUAAGGACAACGCCAUCUUGUCCAACCCGGUGGCAGGACUGGUGGUGGGAAUACUGGUGACUGUACUGGUCCAGAGCUCCAGCACCUCCACCUCCAUCAUCGUCAGCCUGGUCUCCUCUGGCCUUCUGGAGGUGCAGUCGGCCAUUCCCAUAAUCAUGGGCUCCAACAUCGGCACGUCCGUGACCAACACCAUCGUGGCCCUCAUGCAGGCCGGGGAGAGGACCCAGUUCCAGAGGGCCUUUGCAGGAGCUACCAUCCAUGACUGCUUCAAUUGGCUGUCGGUGCUGGUCCUGCUCCCCCUAGAGGUGGCCACUGGGCUAAUGGGCCAUCUGUCCGGAGUGGUGAUCCAGUGUUUCAGCAUCCGGAGUGGAGAGGAUGCUCCCGAACUCCUGAAGAUCAUCACGGAGCCCGUCACAAAGCUUAUCAUACAGCUGGAUAAGUCCGUAAUUACCGCCAUCGCCAUGGGAGACGAGGGUCUGCAUAAUAAGAGCCUGGUAAAAGUGUGGUGCAGGACCCGUCUGAUUGCGGUACGGCUGUCUCCGUCGUGCCUGUAUUUUUCACAUCCUCCAACUGCCUGGUUAAACGGCACCCCCUCCUGGACCCUGGAGAACAUCACACGCCAAGCCAACGUCCAGAAAUGCAGGCACCUGUUUGUGGACACCCCCAUGUCGGACCUCUCUGUGGGUCUCCUCCUGCUGGCCUGCUCCCUGGUCGUGCUCUGCGCCUGCCUGGUGCUCCUGGUCAAGCUCCUCAACUCUCUGCUCAAGGGCCAGGUGGCCAAAGCCAUCCAGAAGGUCAUCAACACAGAUUUCCCUCCUCCUUUCGGCUGGUUGGCGGGUUACCUGGCCAUGCUCGUGGGGGCGGGAAUGACCUUCAUCGUCCAGAGCAGCUCGGUCUUCACCUCCGCCAUCACCCCGCUAAUCGGGCUGGGGAUGAUCAGCCUCCAGAGGGCCUACCCUCUGACCCUGGGCUCAAACAUCGGCACCACCACCACUGCCAUCCUCGCCGCCCUGGCCAGCCCGGGGGACCGGCUGGCUGCAGCCUUCCAGAUCGCCCUGUGCCACUUCUUCUUCAACAUUUUGGGGAUCCUGCUGUGGUACCCGCUGCCGGUGACGCGCCUGCCCAUCCGCAUGGCGGAGAAGCUGGGCGAGUGCACGGCGAAGUACCGCUGGUUCGCGGUGCUGUACCUGGCGGCCUGCUUCCUGCUGCUGCCCUCGCUGGUGUUGGGCCUGUCGAUGGCGGGCUGGCGGGCGCUGGUGGGCGUGGGCGCGCCCUUCGUGGGCGUGCUGCUCUUCAUCGGCCUCGUCAACGCGCUGCAGUCCCGCAGGCCCCGCCUGCUGCCCCGCCCCCUGCGCUCCUGGGACUUCCUGCCCGCCUGGAUGCGCUCGCUCAAGCCCCUGGACCGCCUGGUCGCCAAGGCGACGCUGUGCUGUGGCCCCGCCCCCCGGGCCCCGCCCCCGCCCCCGCCCCCGUCCGCCCCCCCUGAAUCCGCCCGGCGCGCCGCGGCCGAGAGGAAGGAGGAGCUGGCGUGCGAUAACCCCGCCCUCUCCUACCUGGACGAGACCUCCCCGCGCGGGCGCGUCUUCAAACUGCGCGGCCUGGAGAGGUGCCACAGCACCCCCCUGUGA